GAUCUGAUUGGUCCUAGGAAGGCUGAGUCUCCCCUGAAAUCCCCUUUCAUUGGACGGAGGGUGCUGCCACUCAACUGGACACCCGGAAGUGUGGGCUCUGCUGUCUGUUGCGAACGAGCAGGCCUAAUCACUGCACCACGCAGCAGGCAGAAAUCCAACAGGUUACGUGCAGCAUUUCUGGGGUGCUGUCAAGGUGAACAACAAGGGCCUUCUGCUUACCUGGAUGAUGUCCGUGGAUCUGUGAUGGUUUCAGGAGAAACCUAGAACGUCCCACUUUGCUUUGCAGCAUAUCCUAGCUCUGAGAUGUCCGAAGCAUGCCCCGGGAUUCCGACGCUGGAGCCCUUCCGUGUCAAGCAGUCUCCACCAGCUGCCUACUAUGUUCCAGAUUUCAUCACGGAGGCAGAGGAGGCCUAUCUUUUGCAACAGGUUUAUGGUGCCCCCAAGCCCAAGUGGACUCAGCUGUCUGGGAGAAGACUGCAGAACUGGGGAGGACUGCCCCACCCAAAAGGGAUGGUCCUAGAGAACCUGCCUCCCUGGCUCCAAGCCUGCGCUGACAAAGUCUCCUCCCUCGGCGUCUUUGGAGGGAAACCAGCGAAUCACGUCCUGGUGAACGAGUACCGUCCUGGAGAGGGCAUCAUGCCUCAUGAAGAUGGCCCUCUGUAUUUCCCCACCGUCACAACCAUCAGUUUAGGGUCCCACACCCUCCUGGACUUCUACCAUCCCGUCAGCAGAGGGCAGCACAUGGAGGGUGAACAGGGGCCUGACCCUCAGACGGAGGAGCAGCGUCACUUCCUCUCCCUGCUCCUGAAGCCCCGCAGCCUCUUGGUCCUGAGGCAGGACAUGUAUGUCCAUUACCUGCACGGCAUCCGCCUCGUAGCAGAGGACACUGUGACUGAGAAAGUGGUCAACGCCGGCGGGAGCAGCUCCGCGGUUGGGGACACACUGAGCCGAGGAACGCGGGUGUCGCUCACCAUCCGCCUCGUCCCCAAAGUGCUGAAGACGUCCAUCAUCCUGGGCAGGAGGAAGUGACUUGUUUCACGGAGGCCUCCUGGGGAGCUUGUGGGAUGGAGCCGUCCUCCGUCCAAACCAAUGCCACGAACAGAGAAAACGCAAAGCCGGGAAGAAGGAGGAGGAGGAGGAAGGGACCUUAGCCGGAUGUUCUCUCUGAUGCACAGGGACAGUUUCUGUGUGCAGAGAGGGGCUUGCUUCUUGUUGUGUUUUUGUUUUGGCGUGGGGCUGAAUUUCAUCGUGUGAGCCUCUGCCUGCAGUCUGAAAUGGCGUGGCUCAGGUUUACCACCUUUCCCUGCUGCUAGUGAGAGCUAGGCUGGAGAAGGAGAGAGACUGCGAGACCCAUGCAUGGUAUCUGGGAAAGUUUCUGCCACCACCAGCAAAUUUGCAUGAGCUAUUUAGGGAAAAAAUAGCACAGGAGAGACAAGAAUAAUAAGCCCCAGAGGCAGUGGAGGAGGGCCUUGGCCAUGCAUACAGUGUGUCCUUGCCUGGGCACAUGGGCCAGCGGGCAAGAAUUGUACAUGGUAUUUGGAGGGCUAGCCCAGAGCAGUGGGAGUCUGGACUCCUAGGUCUUUCUCCCAGCACAGAAGCUGCUCUGAGCAUGUUGUGCCACCAGCUGCCUCUCCAUAUUUUCGUUCCAGCUCAUAAAGCCUAAUUUCAGGUUUCUGUUCCUGGCCUGUCUCAUGAGGAAGUGCUAGUUUUGAAGCAUCGGCAGCAUUCAAAUAAAAUUUUGACUCUGUC